ACAGUCAGGACUACAUUUAGGUGGAAAGAAGUUAAAGCCCUGAUAGAAUAUGAUGCUCUAAGAUAUGUAUCCUCUGUAUGAAUGUAAUAAAAACGAUGAGUGUAAUAUGAAAGGAUAAAGUAUCCACAUUGACGUACUUUGACAUUUUGAGUCUGGUUCAGGUAGGGACCAGUAUUUUCUCGGUUCUGAGCAUGCGCAGUCAGUAAACAUUGGGACUCCAUUCCAUUCUGUCAGUGAGGGUUCCCUGAGCCUCGCAUCCCGAACAGCUGUCUGCGAUAACUUCACCUGCUUUACAAACAAAAACAACUUGACCAUGAGCGGAGAUCAUGGCCAUGGAGACUCUCAGGUCAAUUCUGGAUCUAAAGGAAGCGACACCCACAAACAUAAAGACAAGCACAAAGACAAAGAACACAGACACAAAGACCACAAGAAAGACAAGGAGCGAGAAAAACUCAAGCACGGCAACAGCGAACAUAAGGACCACUCUGAGAAGAAACACAGAGACAAAGACAAAGAGAAGCUGAAGCACAGCAACGGCAGCUCAGACAAGCACAAGGAAAAACACAAAGAGAAAGACAAGGACAAAGAGAAGAGGAGAGAAGAGAAGAUCAAAUCAUCCCAUGUAGACAAACCUAAAAAGGAGAAAGAAAAUGGAUAUGUAAGGGAUACAAGCCCUGCUGCCAUUAAGAGUGAGCCCGAAGAAGAUAAUGGCUUCUACCCUUCUCCCCAACACAACAAGACCUCCAAACGAGAGUAUGAUGAUGAAGAAUUUGAAUACAAGCCCAAAAAAGUCAAGACAGAGCAUGACAAAAAGGCCAAGAAGAGGAAACAUGAGUAUGAAGAGGAUGAGGAGGAGGAUGAGGACAUCAAGCCCAAAAAGAAGACAAAAGACAAAAAGGUAGCAGAGGGAAAGAAAGCCAAAAAAGAAGAAGAGGAGAAGUGGAAAUGGUGGGAGGAGGAAAGAUCUACCGAUGGCUCUAAAUGGCGCUUCCUUGAGCAUAAGGGUCCAGUGUUUGCACCUCCGUAUGAACGCAUGCCUGACAAAGUAAAGUUUUACUAUGAUGGCAAGCCUAUGAAACUUAAUGCUCCUGCGGAGGAGGUAGCUACAUUCUUUGGCAAGAUGUUGGAUCAUGAGUACACCACUAAGGACAUCUUCAGGAAGAACUUCUAUAAGGACUGGAGGAAGGAAAUGACAUCAGAGGAGAAGUCAAAGAUCACCGACCUGAACAAGUGCAACUUCAGUGAGAUGAAUGACUUCUUCAAGGCCCAAUCUGAAGCUAGGAAACAGAUGUCAAAAGGGGAGAAACUGAAAAUCAAAGAGGAGAAUGAGAGACUCCUCCAGGAGUACGGUUUCUGCAUCAUGGACAACCACAAGGAGAGGAUCGGAAACUUCCGCAUCGAGCCGCCAGGCCUGUUCCGAGGACGAGGCGAUCAUCCCAAGAUGGGCAUGCUGAAACGAUGCAUCAGACCUCAAGACAUCAUUAUUAACUGUAGCAAGGACUCCAAGCACCCUAAACCUCCACCAGGGACAAAAUGGAAGGAGGUUCGCCAUGACAACAAGGUGACCUGGCUGGCAUCUUGGACGGAGAACAUCCAGGGCUCCAUCAAGUACAUCAUGUUGAAUCCUAGCUCCAGGAUUAAGGGGGAGAAGGACUGGCAGAAAUAUGAGACUGCUCGACGGUUGAAGAAGUGUGUGGAUCGCAUCCGAACCCAGUAUAGAGAGGACUGGAAGUCAAAAGAGAUGAGGAUCAGGCAGAGAGCCGUGGCUCUGUAUUUCAUAGACAAGCUUGCACUGAGGGCGGGUAACGAAAAGGAGGAAGGUGAGACAGCGGACACAGUUGGCUGCUGCUCGCUGCGGGUGGAGCACAUCAAAUUGUACCCCAAGAUGGACGACCAGGAGUACGUGGUGGAGUUUGACUUCUUGGGAAAGGACUCCAUCCGCUACUACAACAAGAUCCCUGUGGAGAAGAGGGUCUUUAAAAACCUCCAGCUGUUCCUGGAGAACAAGCAGCCUGAAGAUGACCUCUUUGACAGACUGAAUACUUCUAUUCUGAACAAGCACUUACAGGAGCUGAUGGAUGGCCUGACAGCCAAGGUCUUUCGUACCUACAACGCCUCCAUCACCCUGCAACAGCAGCUCAAGGAACUUGCCUGCCCUGAUGACAGCCUUCCAGCUAAAGUCCUGUCGUAUAACCGUGCCAACCGGGCGGUGGCCAUCCUCUGUAACCACCAGAGAGCUCCUCCCAAAACAUUUGAGAAGUCCAUGCAAAACCUUCAGACCAAGAUCGACGAGAAACAGAAUCAAUUGUCAGCAGCCAGGAAGCAGCUGAAGGCUGCCAAGGCUGAUCACAAGGCCUCCCAUGAUGACAAGAGCAAAAAGAUUCUGGAGAUGAAGCGUAAGGCUGUCCAGAGGAUAGAUGAGCAGCUGAUGAAGCUCCAGGUUCAGGCCACAGACAGAGAGGAGAACAAGCAGAUUGCUCUGGGAACAUCCAAGCUCAACUACCUGGAUCCACGCAUCUCUGUCGCAUGGUGCAAGAAAUGGGUCGUUCCCAUUGAAAAGAUCUACAACAAAACCCAGAGAGAGAAGUUUGCCUGGGCGAUCGACAUGGCUGAAAAGGACUAUGAGUUUUAAACACGCUUAAUGUUUUACCUUUUCUUAACAUGCCUUUGAUUGUAGAGAUGGUUUGUAGUUGAUGUCAAUGAUUCCACUGUGUGGUUACUGCAGGGCUGUGAAGGAGGAAGCUUUGUUGCAGCUGCGACACAGUUUAAUAAUUGUACUGUAUAUAUAUGAAUUGGUUGUGAAUAUAGGAAAAUAACUCCUGAACCAUUUGACCAAGCUGCCAAAUGGCAUCUCUCUUAAAGAAAAUGACAGUAGUGUGUAUGUAGCUGCAGCUAUCUGCCCAUAAUCAAACACCUAUGAACACAUUAGUAUUAUCUUUUGUCAGACACAACUGUACUGAAAUUUGUAAGCCAUCAGAAAUAUUGAGACAUUCUAUAUUCUCAUAGAAUAAUGAAUUAAUAAAUGUUUGUAUGGGGGACUGUGAGGAACACCUUGAGAGAUAAAAGGAUGAAUUCCAAUGUGUGUAAUUGUGUGAAAGAUUGGUACAUAAAAAUGACAGACUGAUGACAGCGUGAAGAAUAGAAACCCUAGCACUAUGCUCAUAUAAUUAUUAGCACACAGAAUGUCAUCUUUCUUCCUUUUAGUUUGAUUUUGCUGUUUAUUUCAGGGAUGUACAUAUUGUUUGACAUUUUUCAGUAACUAUGAUUCAGUGUUUUAUAAAAUGUGUGCUGUAUGCAUUUUCAACAAGAAGCUCUUCAUUGCCCAUAUGCAACUUGUGUGUGUCUGUUUCUACAGUUUAACAAUGGUGACAUUCCUUUUGCUUACUUGAAACAGCUGAAGUACAGCAAUCAUGUUGUGUGUGCCAGAGCUUAAAAAGAGACAGAGACGUUUUCUAAGAGGUAUGUGGAUUUUGCCAAAAAAACAUCACAGAAGUCUAUCAUUGUAGUGUGCUGUUUGUAUUGCUGUGAUUAAGCUGAAAGUGUCCUCCUUAAUUUCCAAAUGUGAAUGGAUAUUUUAACUUUUGUCAUUAAUAUUUCUUGCUAUUUGAUCAUUUAUCACACAGCGAUUGGUUGAAUGCUUAUUGUUUUGAGCUUUGUAGUUUUCAGAAUAAAACAUCAACCUUGU